AUAAUCAUUAGAUGCACAAGAGGAAGCAAAUGACCCAGGACGGACUUCAUUUCCCAGACUGCUGAGCAGGAACAUGUAAUGUAAUGAACCACAUGGGAUGAUAUAUUUUUGUUAUAACAUCUUAAACAAAAUAAUAGAUAUUCUAUUGACUUUGAAUAUCUAUUAAAGCACUGUAUGAUUUCAAAGAUAAGGGUUUCUUAUAUGUUCACCGAGAUAUCAAGCUCCACCUCUCUUUUAACUGAAGAAUGCAUUUUAAGCAUCCGUGCUCUGUUCUGUUCUGGGCAACGGGUGCAACAACUUGCUGCAUUAAAUAACAUGCUCUGCUGCUGCUCCAGGGGACCAGUCUCUGAAAGGGUUAAGAAGAAAGGGGCAGGACGCGAAUGGCUUGAAUCCAGCAUUUUCCUGAAUCUCUCUCCAUCUCUCUUACUUCCUGCAACAUCUCACUCCUGCUCUCGAGCAUCUAGCCGAGUGCCUCUGCAGCCAUACGGUCAGACUCAUGGAGUAGAUUUCCUGGAUGCACCAGGACAGGAAUCAAAUUGUGAAUGCGUAGGAGUGAGUAAGGACUUUGUUGGGAACUCCAACCAAAGAGAGAGAGGCAAGGAAAGAGAGCCAUCGGGGACACACACUGACUUAGUGUGGUCCUGAGGAAGAGAGAGGGGUGAGCUGAAGAGGUACGAUGAGUUUAAACAGUCAAACUCUGACUGGCAGUGGACAGGAUUGUACCAGAAAUGGCAGCAGCAGCAGCAGCAGCAGCAGAGCCCCCAUGGAAAAUGAGAGUAUGAUUUUGAAGCCCUCCACCCCCACCAGGAAACCUAUACCACCCAAGCCGGAGAACGCCAUCACCAUCGCUGUGUCGUCUCAAGUCCUCUUCAACAUGGAGAAGGAGCAGCAGAUCUACGAACAGCAAGGCAUGGAGGGUUACAUCAAGUAUCAAGGGGAGCAUGAAACGGAGCCUUUCAGCCCCGGACCUGCCUUCUCCUUUGUCAAGGCUCUGGAGGCUGUAAACACUCAACUGAGGGAGCUUUACCCUGACAGUGAGGAGCUGUUUGAUGUUGUGCUUAUGACCAACAACCAUGCAGACGUUGGCCUGAGACUCAUCAAUACCAUCAAUCAUCACCUAUGGCUCUGA